CAGCUCUGCCACUUGCUGACGAGAGAAAGAUAAAUAACAAAGAGUCCGCAUAACUACAGCCUUGUAGGUAUUUGCAAAUUCAUCAAAUUCAUCAAAUUCAUCUUUUAUCCCAGGUUUGGUCGAAAUCAACCUUGAAUCUGGAUUUUGGGCCUUGGUUUCAAGAGUGCUGGCGCAAUCUCAACGCGCAAGCAACUUUUCUAAAAGCUGGGAACUUUUGAGAAAAUGAUUGAUCAGGUAUAGUUAGAACCGUCCUUUCAUAAUGGAUACUACUACGCCAUUGCCGAACCCGACGCGAUCGUCCCUUGCGAUGCUUGCGUAUGCUCACCUAUUCCAACCUCGACCCUCGGCCCGAAAGAUUCAAAAGAGGAAUUCAUUGCCUAUCAAAACAAACGAUCAUGAACCGAUUAGCUCACUGGUUACUCAUCCAACUACUGCCAUAGAAGUCUUGGAGGAGCAUCCUCAUCACCAAAAUCAGGAGACAAGUCAGGGGAGAAGCCAGCCGAACCAGAUUGAAACUACUAACCCCAAAUUUAGAACCCUAUCUCAAGGACACCAGAGAUCUCAGUCGACAUCUGCAGUGGUGUACCGAUCAAAAGACGGCCAUAACAUAUUACCACAAACAUUAUCUCCAGGGAACUAUGUGAUGGACUCCACAAUGGCUUCUAGAUCUUCCCACGUUUCUUCUGAUCCCGGAUUUACUCCUGAAUCUGUCGCUAUACGAGACCCCCACACCCGGGAACCUGUUAUGCGAAACGAUCGUUCUAAUUUCAAUGCAACUGGGCCAGCUUACGCUCAACAAGCUCAGCGACCGAAUCUUCCUCCAUCAAUGAUGGGAAAUUAUGCACAGAUCGAUAUGCGACCUACAAUGUAUAAUCGAUCAAGAAGACAAUCAAGCAGCGCCUCCAGCGUUGCAAGCUCAGUUCGGACCAAUGAAACCUUCGACGCUAUUCUCGCGAACCCAGGAACUCCGGCCAGUAGCAGAUCGAGCUUCGAGUCAUGGAAUUCGAGCCAACGGAGGAUGGAGCAUGGCUGGCAGCGACCGGCGCCGAUAAAGCAAUAUAGGCGGAGGAGAGAUACGGGAGAGCUCUUUGCUGCCUUGCCCGAAGAAGUACUGGGACUUAUUUUAGAUGAACUAAAAGAAGUGCACCUACGACCUGGGAGUACAAGUUGCGCAACAUGCAUGAUGAGAGAUAUGUGCUCCGUCGCCAUAUCGGCACGGAAGUUUGCCAAGGUCGUUCGGCCCGCACUUUACGAGAAUAUUCAACUCGUUGGAGCGGACUCACUUACACAAAAGAAGAAAUACAAGCUGACUUUUGGUUCUCGUCUCGUCUUACUUCGUCGAACAUUGACAUCGAAUGCUGAGAUUGCCGCCAUGGUUCAUACACUGAAAGUGCCCGCCUUGCCCCAGGGUGUGGCUCUUGACUUAUACCAGAACCUAGUAGCAUCCGUCAUUAUGGCAUGCCCCAACUUCGAACAACUUGUUGGAUUCCAUCAGAACCACGAUCACUCAUUUAACCGUCUUUUUCAUGCUUUAUCGACCAGGCGCAAACUGAAAGAGAUGCAUUGGACGCUAGAGGCCUCACAAUUUCAGAGGAAGCGACGAUUAUCAAAUGCUGCGGCGUUGCUGAACUCCGAGAAACCGAACUAUCAAGAAGCGCCGGGGGAUCUUUUGCCUGAGCAAAGCGACGAUUUCCUCGAGUUCCAUACAGAUUGGGAGCAUUUGACGACCCUGUCGAUACACUGUCUUCCGGGCGCCACGCUAUCUCCCGUGUUUCUCAUCCCAGACAUAUUGUCACGUUUGCCAUCGAUUGAGAAUCUUCAUCUAUCUCAUCUACCUUUCACGGCAUUUAACGAUGCCAAUCUACUUUCACUGCCCUCGCUUCAGACUCUCACAUUAUCACACCUUCCAGGUGUAUCUAGCGAAGGGCUUUCCUCAUUCGUGAGGCGUCCUUCAAGCCGAUCGAUCCGAAAACUUACUUUACAGCACGUAGAUGUAGGCUCACUACCUGCGCUGAGUCAAAUUUUAUCGAACUUAACGGCAUUGGAAGACUUCUCUCUGGUGCAGAGUUCGGCACCAAUUAUGCCAGAGAACGAGAUGAUUUGGCUAUUUCCCUACUUAGCAUCACCGUCGGUACGAAAGUUGCACUGGGACAUCACGAGUAACCAAAGUUCCGCCAACAUCGCGGACUCGAUCCUGGCGAGAAGUAUGAUGGCAAACGGUUUCCCAUCGCUCCGAGUGUUGCGAACACCUAACGAUCCGGAGGGAAUAUUUCAGGCGUUGUGCAAGCCGAUGGAAAAUAUUGAAAUGAUUAAUGAUAAACCGCGUGGCCUGAUUUAUAGGUGCACGUCGCGGCCUAGUCCCCCGGCGACACCAACGACGCCAAACACACCGAAGACGCCGAGUAAAUCCCCCUCGGGCCUUAAUUUUCCAAUGGAGGACCAGCUCUUCCCGUCAAAGGCGUCGACCAACUUGUCGCAGUCGCGUCUGGCGGCGCAGAGCAGAUUGGAGGCGGCGCGGCAGACACCGCGGUUCACGGUGAACGUGACAGGGGACAACGGGGUUUUGGUGGAAAGCUAUGGACUCGCGGGCUUCAUGGGGUUGGCGGAGUCCAAGGUUCGGUAUUGCGUCACGCCGGAUGAGGGCGCGACUGAUGAAAACGGCGGGGUGAUCGACAUCUUAGACAUGCUCGGCGAUGGGGGCGAGAAUCUGCGGGUCGAGGGUAGGGAGGGGUGUGUCGGGCGCUGGAAUACGUACAGCGGGAACGUGGUCGAUAAGAAGGACCAGAAGCGCUGGUGGCAUACGGAGCGAGGACGAUGGAGAGCGGUGGCGCUGUCUUAAGAUGAUGUGGAUGAAUAAGUGCGAAAUGAGGUGGGGGCGGUAAUGAUUUGGUAACAUGCGUUGAGCAAAUAUACACACACACAUAUAUAUAUACCCUAAGAGGAGCGGGAACUUGGAAGACUCAGGAAGAGCAAUGAGUCCCGUCAAGUAUAAGUACAUAGGUAGAUAUUAUUUGGGUUGGGUUUUGUAAUAGGAGAUACUGGUUGGGUGGUUGGGUACUAGGUAUGUAGGUAUGAUUCCUGUGUAAGCUACAUUAAUUAUAUCUACGAUGUACUUUUGUACGUAUGUACAUCUAAUACUAGGAUACCCCGUCUGGUAAAUUGGAGUUUCUGGUCUAAGAUCUGGUUUUAACUUUUAA